GGGAGGGGGAGAAAGACGACGACGACGGGGACUGUCGCCUCCGCCUCUUCCUCAGCGGCAGCCGGGGCAGCCGGAUCGCGGCGGCGGCGGCGGCGGCUGCUGCUGCUGCUGCGCGGUGGGAGCGCGGAGCGGAGGGAUGUGGGGCUUUGGGGGAGGCAGGAUCUUCGGGAUCUUCUCCGCUCCCGUCCUGGUGGCCGUGGUCUGCUGCGCCCAGAGUGUGAACGAUCCCGGCAACAUGUCCUUCGUGAAAGAAACUGUGGAUAAAUUGUUGAAGGGCUACGACAUCCGCCUCCGGCCGGAUUUCGGAGGUCCGCCCGUCUGCGUGGGGAUGAACAUCGACAUCGCCAGCAUCGACAUGGUUUCCGAAGUCAACAUGGAUUACACUUUGACUAUGUAUUUUCAACAGUACUGGAGAGAUAAGAGGCUGGCUUACGCUGGCAUACCUCUCAACCUCACGCUUGAUAACCGAGUGGCAGAUCAACUCUGGGUGCCUGACACUUACUUCUUAAAUGACAAGAAAUCAUUUGUGCAUGGCGUUACCGUGAAGAAUCGAAUGAUUCGCCUCCACCCAGAUGGAACGGUGCUUUACGGUCUCAGAAUCACAACCACUGCAGCUUGUAUGAUGGACUUGAGAAGAUACCCAUUAGAUGAACAGAACUGUACUCUGGAAAUAGAAAGCUAUGGCUACACAACUGACGACAUAGAAUUCUACUGGAGAGGUGGAGAUAACGCAGUCACUGGUGUGGAGAGGAUUGAGCUUCCUCAGUUCUCCAUUGUGGAAUAUAGACUGGUGUCAAAGAAUGUUGUCUUUGCCACAGGUGCCUAUCCAAGACUCUCACUGAGCUUCAGGUUGAAGAGAAAUAUUGGAUACUUCAUUCUUCAAACCUACAUGCCCUCCAUACUGAUUACCAUUUUAUCAUGGGUGUCAUUCUGGAUCAAUUAUGAUGCAUCAGCAGCAAGAGUUGCCCUUGGAAUUACAACUGUGCUGACUAUGACAACAAUCAACACUCAUCUGCGAGAGACUUUGCCUAAAAUUCCGUAUGUUAAAGCCAUUGACAUGUAUCUUAUGGGCUGCUUUGUAUUUGUCUUCUUGGCCUUACUUGAAUACGCCUUUGUCAACUACAUUUUCUUUGGAAAAGGCCCUCAAAGGCAGAAGAAACUUGCAGAAAAAACAGCAAAGGCAAACAACGAUCGCUCAAAGUUUGAAGGCAGCCGGGUGGACACCCAUGGAAACAUUCUGCUAACAUCGCUUGAAAUUCACAACGAGGUGGCAAGCAACGAGGUCACCACCAGCGUUACGGAUGCCAGAAAUUCAACGAUAUCCUUUGACAACUCAGGAAUCCAGUACAGAAAACAAAGCUCACAUCGCGAAAGCCUUGGAAGGCGUCCGUCAGAAAGAACAGGCUCCCACAGCAAGAGGGGCCAUUUACGAAGAAGGUCUUCACAACUGAAAAUAAAAAUCCCUGAUCUAACAGAUGUGAAUGCCAUCGACAGAUGGUCAAGAAUGGUGUUUCCAUUCACAUUUUCUCUUUUCAACUUAAUUUACUGGCUAUACUAUGUUAACUGAGUGACUGAACUUUUUUAAAGGACUUCAAUUAUAACAAGUGAAGUACUAUUUGCCUGCAGAGUUUAUAUAUAUAUUUAUAUAUAAAAAUAUAUAUAUAUAUGAACUUUUACUAUGUAGACCAUACUCAUGUGUGUGUGAAUACAUAUAGCAAGGAAUUGUGCGUACAUAAAAGCACACACUGCGAAGCAAGAAUAUAUGUAUGCACACACACAUGUGCACAUUCGUUCUGAGGUUAUGGACACUUUAACAUAGAAUGCACUUCAGAGGAACUUUUUAAAUUGGAAGGCAGGUGUCGUCAAAACAACAAGCCUUGAGAAAGUGAGUGUUGUAUAUUAUCACUGCAAAACUUUGAUUGUCAUAGAAAUUUUCAAACAGCUGUAAUCGUGUAUAAAGUCAGUAUUUAGUAACAUUGUUUGUAAAUGCUGCCAUACACACUAAUCAAAAAGUGGUAGAGUUACACUGGUAAGUUUAAACUAGGUCAUUUGUAUUGCAGAUCCAUCAACUACAAUGUCAUCAAGCCAAAUUUAUUUUUCUUUGCUAAAAUUUCUUGGGUUUAUAUAUGUCACAAUACUUCUUUCCCCCCAGUCCUGAAUGGGCAUUGUUUUUAAUGAUCUCUUGCUUUCUCUUCUGCGGUAAGCAAACUGAUCAUGGGAGUGUUGCUCUAGGUCUUUGGAGACAUAUACGUGUUCAUAAUAUUUCAAACAAGCAUUUUAAAUGUCCAUCAACAGUGAAACGAAUCUUUUGUAAGUACUGUAAAUGUACAGCACAUUUUCCUUCCCUUGGACUGCUUCCAGCUGCCAUGUCAUUCUGAAAGAGAACAGCACAUUUUUAGUAUAAUUUAGCUGAGAAUUCAACUACUGUCAAUGUGUUCUACAUCUGCUGUAGAUGUAAAGAUUGUUAUUCCAGUGAAAGCAUAGAAGAUGUCUCAGGUUAUUUGCUACUUCAACAUGAAACCACCUAGCUGUAGCCUUUUUUAAACAUGCAUUCACAUUAUUUAACAUCCUUAUAACAUUGUAUGUUAAUGUAAAAUAUAUUUGCAUAAUAUGCAUAUAAGUAUAUUUUCUCAAUAUUUUUCUUCCCUGUGCUUGCUAUCGUGACCGCAUGCUAUGUCAUAUUUUUGUUUCUGUGAUGUUACAACUUUUUAUUCUCUAGAAUUGAGGAAAUAGAGCACUUCCGAUACUUUGAUUCAGUAAUGGAGCAUUUUCAUAUUUUAUUUAUAUACUUAAAGUAUAUACACAUACAUUUACCAAGCUAGUGUGCUGCCGUCACAGAUCACAAGAGAUAGCAAACAGUAUGUUUUGUUUCAGCAUCAACUGUGUUCAAACAUAACCUUCAUGCAAAUGUGACCACUUUGGUAUUCAUUCCCCCUCCGGGAUUCCAACUUUUUUCAGUCUAGUAGAUUGUAGUCGUCAAGGUAUGCCAAUUUCAGAUCUGUAAACUUAAUUUGUUAUUUAUCAGAACUAAACCUUUCUAAAGAAAAGAAGAUAUAUUUUUUGUAAGCAGUGUUUCUAUCAUGUACAUUCACAAAUAACAACAGAUACAGUAGCAUAAAUAGAUCUUAAAAAAAACAAUUCAGGCAUGGCCCUGCCAGUUCUCUGCAUGUAGAAUCCCUCUGGACAUCGAUGGGGAUUUUUGGCAGAUAGAGAGCUUUGGAUGAUAGUUAGAGAUGUCUAUGGGAGAAAAAUGUGCGGGUAUGCAUCUACCGAAAACAUCAAAAAGGGAUGAAACUGAAAAGGCUGCCUUGGCUCUGUAAUGACCCGUGUUCUCGCUAGUGCUUGACUUAUCUGUGAGUAGAGCAAUGAUACUUGUGUCGCUGCCGUGUACGGUCCCUUACUGUUCCCGCCCCCGACUAUUUGCAACUGAACUGUGAAACUUUGCUCUGGGCUGAAAUUCAGCAUAGAGGAACCUGGGUUACGAGGGCUGUGUUGUCAUCCCGUCCCCGGGGCUGCUCCUUGAACCGGAAUGGGCUCGGCAGGGUUGCCUUGCGGCAAAGCUGCAAUGCGAUCCCCAGCUGGUGGCGUUCACCGCAACCCCGGCUGCCGGCGCGUUGCAGGAUCAGCACCGCAGUCCUGCUGCAUCCUUGGCAGUGGUGCUCAGCGGCUGUAACCGCAGCUUUUUAAGCCCUGUGCCUGCAGACAACUAUACAGUAUGAAGAGCCUCAAAGGAACCCGUACAGCUGGAGCAGAAAAACUUGGUUUUUAAAAGCUCCUCAGCGUUAGCUCCCGUUGGUAAACCGCGGUGGGUUACGAGCUCUCUAAUAUCUCUUCAAACUGUGAAGAGAUUAUAGAGCACAUUGUCAUCAUUAUAAUCAAAGCAACUAAACAAUUAACACCCUCCCAAAGUACAGAUUUAGUAGAAUUGUUGAAAAGCCCUCCCAACUUUUUAUCCUAAUAUCAAAAUAUAAUUAAACAAAAAAACCCUGAUUUUAAUAAAAUUUAAAAAUGGUAGGCUUUGCUUUAGAAAAAUUACCCUAAUGAAAUGGUCUUUGAGCAAGUCUUUCAGUAAGUGCCCUAAACAACUACCCCGAAAAAUGGGGUUCAAGAAGAUAGUGGUCCCACCCGCAUGAUUUAAUGACAAUUCUCUCUUUUCUUCAAGCCUCAGCUCCUAGAGAUCCUGAGGUCAGGCAGGGAUCUUUAACAACAAGAGACUUUUUAGUUUUGAUAGAAAUGUGUACUCCCAAGUCCUGCAGAAAACAGUUCUCCUGUGGCCUCAGCCAGGAUCUUCAAGCAGAUGGAAAAUGACUAUCUGGCUAGGGCAAAGAGGCAAUGUGCAUUUUCUGGACCCUGCAUGGGCAAGAGAAUCGAGUCUCUGAGGACCCUUCCUCUCUUAACCCUUUGCACAACGGGGGGGCGGUGUGUUACUGCAGCCUCUUCCAUGAAACCGUACUCCCCACCUUGCCUCUCAUCGCAAAAAAGCAGCCAGUUGCACGUUUCAGCUUUUUCAAAGGAUUUCAUGGUCAUCAGCCUAGUUGAGUUCCGUGGGGCAUGAGCAGCUUGAACCUUGAACAAAUCGAAGUCUUGGUUUGACUUGAAAAAAGCCAGGAAAUUCUCACUUAAGGUUAACACUUCAUCUUUAACACGCAUUUUUGUGCCUUUUUUUGCCAAUUCCCUUCCUCCAGUCCCAGCACCACUUCUUACACACGGACACACACACACACAACCAUGUGUUAAGAACAGUGUUUGCCUUGACCUCCCAUUUUCUGGCUCUUGUCCCUUUAUGCUAGCUGCAGUGUAUGAUUUUAACCAUAGAUGGCUUUAAGACUAAAAAUGGUAAUUUCAACCAAGUUGCACCAGAGUAACGUAUUUCAUAGCUAAUUAACUCCUUUCUAACUCAGCACUAUUAUAAAUAACAUUCGCACAUCGUUUGUUUGUAAAAGGCAUUAAGAAAAAAACAAAACUGGUACUAUCUUAUGUUAUAGGCCAAAAGGUCAAUAAACAGUAGAAAUAUUAAGGUGGUUUAACUCUAAGUUGAUUUCAUCCCAUUGUAAAGAUAAACUAAAACCCAGUCUUUUUUGCUUAAGGCACAUCUAUGUAUUUUUGGUAUUUUUCAGCCAUGAAAAAAAAAAAGAAUAGUAAAAUGGAAUGAUGAAGAGAUGCUUUAUGAAAAUAUUGAUGAAUGA